GGAAGAAGAAAGCGAAUCUGAUGGCACGAUAGCCGGGUCCUCUCGUCCCACCGAAACCAAUGCAUACCCGCUCCUCUCGCCCAUGGACGAGCUAUCCUGUUUCACACGGAUUUCGUCGUGUGCACUGAGGCAGAGCUGAUCUUAUGGCAGACAUCAGCGCGCCCUGUGCUAUCGCCCAUCUGAUCCACUGUGAGAGAAAAUAAUUCGACGAGAGGAAGUGAGAUGAAAAGCCAACAACGACCAUCACUGCUCGCCUUAUCGGCACUCGUGCUCUGCACAUUACACCAGACAGCUGGGUCUCAUCGCAGCAGCUCAGCAUCAUCAACAACAUCCAACCCAGAGGCUGGAGGCAGGAAGCAUUUGGGGCUAAGACAGACUAACAGCUCGAACUAUGGCAAUCACAGCUACGAAAGUAGGCCACCACCAAAGCUAAAAAAGGUAACAGGCCAAGCUCUCAAUACCAGCAGAGACAAUAUUACUACUGUGAUAUCCGAAUGGUCUGGCAGGGCACCAAACUGGCACCUGGAUGAAGAGGCGUCACCGCUGUGUGCCUACAGAGUGAUAGAGGGAGGCAUUGGUGGGCAGCUGUGUUUUCGACAAACACUGUUUGAGUACAAGUGUCAUCAGGGAGACUGCAGGACAGUGGUGACUUUGGGGAAUCUGGUGGCAAAUAUCCUCAUGAAUGGCAGCGUACUGUUACAGUGGACCCAUGAGGGAGAAUCCACGAUGACUGGCCGAGACGUAAAGGCAAAAGAGGCUGGUCAGAAGAGUGGUGGGGAUCUGGGGGCAAAUCCUACCAGAGAGGAAUCUCUAAGAUCUAGCACUGUUCUCAGUGGCAGACGCCACAGGCGGGGAGGCUACGAGUUGAGCUGCUGGUGGAACGGAAGCUACACUCAAUUUGAGUGUGCUGGUGUCCAUCUUGGAUCUGGUUGCAGGGACUUUCUCCUGACCGAGCUGCAUGAGAACAUCCCCUACCGCAUCUGCCUGCGCUCCCUGGCCCGCUCUGAUCCAGCUCAGAAAGCAGACCACCGGGACUGUGUGGAGUUUACCCUGCCGCCGUCUGGUAUGCAGGACAUUGUGAUCGCCAUGACAACGGUUGGGGGAGCUAUUUGCGUGAUGCUGGUCAUCAUCUGCUUGCUGGUGGCAUACAUCACAGAAAACAUCAUGAGCCCCACGACACAGCACACAUACUCCUACCGCACUCACUCGCGUCACUGAUGCGAUACUAAAUCCAAGAUGCGCUGUUAACACAUUAACCGGCCUACAUCAAACAUCCAUGAUGACCACGUCUAAUCUCACAAUCAUAGCCACUCACUGUCAGUAAUAAUUACUUUUCAAUGAUAUACACAUCCUGUUAUGACUGAAAGAAGCACAAACUACUGAUGCUCUGCAAAUAACAUGCCUUGUCAACCUCUGCGAGGAUGCACUGAACCAAAAGUACUGAUUACCUACAUUAACUAUUAUACAGUAGUUUACUGUGUUAUGUUUUUGUUCAAGGUUGUCUGUGAUUGAGUCUGUCAAUCUGUACGCUGGCAGCAUUAAUACAGCAAUACAUUUAAUGAAAUGGCUUUGAGUGCAUCAGAAACAGCUGUUUUUGCUAAAUGUACAGCCUGUGAAAGUGUCAAAACAUCAUCCUUCCUUGUUGCGACACAGGAAAAUUACACUUUAUUGAAUUAAUUUUUUUCCACUAUACUAAUCCAUCCCACCGUCUAGUUUUGCUUUUAGGUCUGCAUACAGUGUGUACUUGUACCAUUUUGUGAAGGGCAAUACAAUCUGGUGUACAAUCUCCAAAUACUGUGCCAAACAUCUUGAGUUAGAAUGCCUUUAUGU